GGGGCCAGCAGCCGCGGGAACCCCGAGCCCGCCUCUUCUGCAAGCUCUUUGCCGCUCGCCAUGGCCCCGGCGCUGCUGCUGGUCCCGGCGGCUCUUGCCUCUUUCAUCCUGGCCUUUGGUACCGGAGUGGAGUUCGUGCGUUUCACCUCCCUGCGGCCGCUGCUUGGAGGGAUCCCGGAGUCUGGCGGUUCGGAUGCCCGCCGUGGGUGGUUGGCUGCCUUGCAGGACCGGAGCAUUCUUACCUCCCUGGCUUGGGAUCUUGGGCUUCUGCUAUUGUUUGUGGUGCAACACAGCCUCAUGGCAACUGAGACAGUGAAGGAAUGGACGUCCCGGUACUUUGGAGUCCUUCAGAGGUCACUGUAUGUGGCGUGCACUGCCCUGGCCUUGCAGCUGGUGAUGCGGUACUGGGAAACUGUACCCAGAGGCCCAGUGUUGUGGGAGGCUCGGGCUGAGCCCUGGGCCACCUGGGUGCCCCUCCUCUGCUUUGUACUCCACGUCAUUUCCUGGCUCCUCAUCUUCAGCAUCCUCCUGGUCUUUGACUACGCUGAACUCAUGGGCCUCAAACAGGUAUAUUACCAUGUCCUGGGGCUGGGCGAGCCUCUGGCUCUGAAGUCCCCUAGAGCUCUGAGGCUCUUUUCCCACCUUCGACACCCAGUAUGUGUGGAACUUCUGACAGUGUUGUGGGUGGUUCCCACCCUGGGCACUGACCGCCUCCUCCUGGCUCUCCUCCUUACCCUCUACCUCGGCUUGGCACAUGGGCUGGACCAGCAAGAUCUCCGCUACCUUCGGUCUCAAUUACAAAGAAAACUACAGCUUCUCUCCAGACCCCAGGAUGGGGGAGCAGAGUGAGGAGCUAGCUCAGGCUCUAAGGCCUGUACUCCCUCAAAAUCAAAAUCCCUUAGCAUCUAGGCUGGUUGCUUCAGGGUAGAGGCUGUGCUGAAGGGGCUGUCUGUCCCUUCCCCUGCUGGAGACCUCAGUUCCAGGGUCCAGGUACCCUACUGUAGAGUUUCAGCCACUGGCCUCCAGGGUCCACUUCUCACCAACCAAGAGUGGGUACAGAACUCAUGAAUCUCAUCUCAUCUCUUGGGGCAUGGCCCACACACACAAGGCUAAGGGUUCUGCCUUAAGCAUUCACUCCCUUGGCACUGUUACUGGCUCUGCACCUCAGGGAUUCCCUUCCUAGCUUCCACCUCAAGGAGCUAUGUCAGGGCCAGUUUGCAAGCUUGCUGGUGGUGGCUACUUCUUUUGUUCCGCGGCUGUGCGUUUCCCCACUCGGGCCUCAAUUUCUCCACCUCCUUAGGUCCAGCCCUACAGCUCCUUGGCGUCUCCCGUUUUUUUAACUCGGUCGGUCUCCUACAGCGGUGUCUCCCGUUUUUAACUCGGGCUGACGCCGGGCUCCCUGCUCUCCCAAAGGAUAUGCGCUGCAGAAAAAUAAUAAAUUUUCUACAUAUGGUA